AUGGCGGCCCCUGGGAGGAGGCAGCCGUUCGGGAGCCGCUUCCUGACCGACCCGAGCCGACUCUUCCAGCACAACGCCUGGGAUAAUGUUGAAUGGUCUGAAGAGCAGGAAGCCAGUGCAAGGAGCAAAGUUCAAGAGAACAGCAGGCAGCUUGUUCCACAAGACAAACAAGAUGAAUAUGAGCUCAAUGCCAAUGAAUACUGGAAUGAUUUCUAUAAAAUCCAUGAAAAUGGCUUCUUCAAGGACAGACACUGGCUGUUCACUGAAUUUCCUGAACUGGCACCGGACCAGAACCUAAGUCAACCUGAGGCGUCUGAAUACAAAGAUGGUAGCACCAGAAAACCCAGAGACACCAGGCUGGGGAGCUGUGAAAAUGGUCUUUGUUCAUUGGAAACCAGAACACAAGAGCAUCAUCAGUUGGACUUGAUGAAAGACAGUAAUAAUAUCAUCAACAGACUCGACACAGAUGGAGAAGCAGUACCGAAGUUGGGUGACCUGAAACUAAGUGAUGGUGAUUUCCCAGGAUCCUCUGCCACUUACCGUAUACUAGAGGUUGGCUGUGGUGCUGGAAAUACGGUCUUCCCAAUUUUGCAAACCAACAAUGAUCCGGGGCUCUUUGUUUAUUGCUGUGAUUUUUCCAACACAGCUGUGGAUCUUGUCCAGACCAAUGCAGAGUAUGACUCUUCUCGCUGUUUUGCCUUCGUUCAUGACCUGUGCAAGGACCAAAGCCCAUACCCAAUGCCAGAGGAGAGUCUUGACAUCAUUAUUCUCAUCUUUGUCCUAUCAGCUCUUCUCCCAGAAAAGAUGCAGUGCGUCAUUAACAGACUGAGCCGGCUUCUGAAACCAGGAGGAAUGAUUCUGUUACGAGAUUAUGGUCGUUAUGACCUAGCGCAGCUUCGGUUUAAGAAAGGUCGGUGUCUGUCUGAUAACUUCUACGUGAGAGGCGAUGGGACCAGAGUUUACUUCUUUACACAAGAUGAAUUGGAUGCUCUUUUCACCACGGCUGGGUUGGAAAAAGUCCAGAAUCUGGUCGAUCGGCGCCUACAGGUGAACCGAGGGAAGCAAGUGACGAUGCAUCGAGUGUGGAUCCAGUGUAAAUACCGCAAGCCCUUCCCUGCAGGACAGAAGGAGAAUGGGCACGUUCAUUAGCAAGGCGCAUCUAUCAGGUGUGCUGUAUUUGGACUUGCUGGGACUCUCCUCCUGUGCAGCGUGUGGCACUGAGCAGACCUGCCAUGUCAUGCUGAAUUCUGGCGCCUCCUGCAAUGACCGGACUAGUCGUACGUUGACAUGCUUUGUGUGCAAGGUGGAGCUAUGCUCAGGACGACUCCACGACAAUAUCUAGUUACUAGUCUUUGUUUUUAAAAUUAAGGGUGAUUAACAAUUUACCUAAGAAAUGGG